AUGCCGCAGGGCCAAAGGGGUGAUGCCGCUGUUUACAUGAGCGAUCCGCCGGCGAGUGCACCCGCACUUAUCAACUUGACGCCGCCGUUGGAAAUUGAGGGCCAAAUCUGCCGAGAGGGGACUAUCUCGAGUAAUACAGUGGCCUGUUCUUCAACGUCGUUGCAACCAUCACUGAGUCUCGAAGCAAACUCAAGAUCGCCUCCAGAGCUUACGGAGGACGAAGACUUGGAAAGCGAUAGCGCCACGUCCAGAGCAUCCCUGGAGCACGGCAGAUCAGAAGCUCAACCUUUGCUUCCAGCCGGGGCUUUCCACGUUCGCUUUGCGUCCAAGACUUUUCUCUCACCAUGGUUCCCUCAAGUCGAUCCCGACAACCCUCGGGCGAAAACAUUGCGCACAUGGCGCUCCCGCCGGGAGGUCCUGCUUGCAACCUGCUGCACCAUCUCAGGGACAGUCCUGGUUCUGAAUGUUGCUGCAACUAUUGCGUUCGGAACUGGGUGGAAAGCGGAGCAGGACUUGGGUCGUCUAUACAAGGGAGACUGCAACUCCAUUACAGCAGCAAAGACGGAGGCCGUUCCUUGGAACGGUACAUUGGCAAUGCUGGACUCAUGGCAAACUUCGUCAAUGAACCUUGACCAAACUAUUCAAUCCAUGCAACAAAAUGCGCACAACACGUCUUUAUUCGCAAUGAUCGAACCUCAUAUUGGUAACCUCAACGCUGUCAACAACGAACAAUUCCCUCUUUGCGUAUGGUAUGUCCGGGAGCGAGGACCCAUGGAAGACUGGCUGGUACUUUGGCCUGGGAAACCAUUUCGACAGCACCAAAUUGGACCUUGCGAACUUUCCAGGUGGAGCGGCGGAAAGGGCGGAAAAGAUAUCCAAUUGGAGUAUUGCUGGCCAAAAAAUUGCUUACUGUCUGAGCAGCCAGGUCUCGACGCAAAACUUGUGCACAGUCGAGUACUCUCAAUCUAUUAUGAUAAGCGGCACAGAGACCCUCCGCUUUCUAUUCUCGGCGAUGCGCUAUGCUCCUUCCUUCAGUUUCCAGACCCUACAACUAGCAAGGCCGGCAUACUUUCUCGGGAUAUGAUUCGCUCAGAUAUCACACUCUGGAAAAAGCCGCAGCCAAAGAAAUGGGAAAUCCGUCGCUCUCGCUGGUUUCUUGCCGCAAGUUGGAAGAGGUGGACUUUUUGUCUCGUCCUGUCUUCCGCCCUUCUAAUUGGUGCUGCUGUUGAGUUCCAUAACGGCGUCCAGUUUUUCAAGACUUCCAUCGGUAGUGUACCUUCAAUGAAAUAUAUUCUCAGCAUGGGUUUUGGAGCAGUCAACCCCAGGUCGAUCUCAGUUUUCAUCCACGCUGGUUCCAGCAUCACCACGAUAUAUAAGAAUGUGCUCUUUGAUAACAGCUGGCAAUUCUUCAUCUCAUGCACAUAUAUUGUAUACAAUGGCCUCGUCUCCACCUUUCUCGUAGCCGAUGAAUUGGUUGGCUUUUCGAAGACGAGAAAACCACUGAGGGUUUCCGCGCCAGUUGGUAUUCAACGGUCCAGCUACUUCGUUUCACUGCCAGCCAGAUAUGGAGUCCCUAUGAUUGUCACAAUUGGGCUUCUCCACUGGACUGUAUCUCAAAGUCUCUUCGUCAUCUGUAUUGAUCGCUACUACUCGAACGGACUAGAAGAUGCCUCUCAGCGAUAUGUCACAUCAGGAUAUAGUUGUGUUGCGAUCUUGACUUCUAUAAUUAUUGGGAUUGUUCUUCUUCUUGCCUUGAUAGCUCUCGGUAUGCGACGAUACAGUGGUGACAUGCCACUUGCAUCGACUUGUAGCGCUGCAAUUAGUGCUCUGUGCCAUCGGCCCAAAGAAGACGGCGAAGCCUCUCUUUUUCCGGUGAUGUGGGGUGAGGUCAGCCAAGAUGAGAAAGGUGUUGGGCAUUGUUCAUUUACCACUGCUGCUGAUGUUAAAAAGCCUGAUACGGAUCGUCUCUAUAAUUAG